AUCAACGGAGGAAACACGCUGGCAUGUCUGAACAAAAUUGACCACAAACACAAGCAAACCGACUAAAUCUACCCCCUCCCACACAUGUAUGUGGUCAAAGACCUGGUUCCUGACAUGAGUAACUUCUAUGCCCAGUACAAAUCCAUCGAGCCCUACCUGAAAAAGAAGGACGAGUCUCUGGAAGGGAAGGACCAGUACUACCAGUCUGUGGAAGACCGACAGAAACUGGACGGACUGUACGAGUGCAUCCUGUGUGCCUGCUGCAGCACCAGCUGUCCAAGCUACUGGUGGAACGGAGACAAGUACCUGGGACCGGCUGUCCUGAUGCAGGCGUACCGCUGGAUGAUCGACUCUCGUGACGAGUUCACAGAAGAGCGUCUGUCCAAACUGCAGGACCCCUUCUCCCUGUACCGCUGCCACACCAUCAUGAACUGCACUAAAACAUGCCCAAAGGGACUGAACCCAGGAAAGGCCAUCGCAGAAAUUAAGAAGAUGAUGGCCACGUACAAAGAGAAGAAAACUGCAGCUGCAUGAUCAUGUGACGACCGACGGCAGAGAGAGACGAGUCCAACGCAGAAGAGUGGACUGAAACCAACAGCAGAGAGAGACCGGUGGACUGAAACCUCCAGUGAAGAGCUGGAAGGAGAGGGAACAAACGUGUGCAUGGACUCAUGAUGAAGCAGUUCAACACUGUCAACCCAACAUUCUGGGUUCUAUUGGAACCUGUUUGGAAUAAAACCUGCCUGUGUCGGUGCACCGGCCCAGGCCUGUUCUCAUGUAUUUACUCUGUAAAUAUUUAAAUGUGUGCUCAUUCAAACUGUGGAAGUUAAACUAGAAGACAGAACAGACGUUUGUGUGUGAGUGGUGGCAGACGGCGGUAAAAGCAGAGGUGUAAAUAAUAAAAGUAUG